ACCGGCCGUCCGACCCUCUCAUCCACGAAGCAACGAGUCUACCCGCCCGCACGAGGGAGACACGGUAGUGAGACGAUCCGAGAAGUUCAAUUGACCGAUCCCCGACGCCGAAGAGCGAACCGUUUGCCCGCCAUGCCUCAAGAUAUGCCCCCUCGGGGCGGGUACGAGCCCGUCCAGUACAAGCGAAACCUCCCCGCCAAGGGUUUCCGCCCCGGUAUCCUCCUCCUCGGCAUGGGCGCCGUCAUGGGCUUCGGCUGGUACAAGCUGAUCCACGGCAUGCGAGAGGCCAACGAGCUCGCCCGUGAAAAGAUGUGGGCCCGCAUCAACCUCAUCCCCCUCCUCCAGGCCGAAGAGGACCGCGACCAGGUGCGACGAUACCUGGCCGACCAGAAGCGCGAGAAGGAGCUACUGGGCGACAACGCCAAGGUCUACCACAGCGACCGAUUCGUGCGGCCGACCUUUGCCGUCGUUCCCCCUCCCACCACAAACUAG